AUGUUAGAACUUUCACUGAAAGAGUUGAAAGAUCUUGCCGACGACAAUGAAAUAGACUUAUCAGCUCGUGGUCUUACAACAGUUCCAAAGGCUUUACCACAGGUCCCUCGUUUGACUCAUGUGGAUCUAGGAUCGAACAGAAUUGCAGCUCUUCCACCAUCAAUCUGUACAAUGACACGUCUCGUAAGGCUUGAGCUGGGUAGUAAUUUACUUGGACAUCUUCCUGAUAAUAUUGGAGCUCUUGUCCAUCUAGAACAUUUUGAUCUCUACAAUAAUGAGAUAGAGGAGCUUCCACUUUCGUUUGCUAAUCUGUGCUCCCUCCGGUGGCUCGAUUUGAAGAAAAAUCCUCUCAAUCCAGAAUUACUAAAAGCGGCCGGUAAUUGUGGUAAUGAAAAAGAGUGCCGACAUGCAGCAGUGAAUGUGGUUUCUUAUAUGAGAGUAUUGUCGAAAAUGAUACAGCAGGAGAAGGUAAUCGAAAGGAUUCACGAAGUCAAAGGAGAAACGAAGGAACCUAAUCACAGGAAUCGGAAGAAACAAAGCAGAAAAGAUGUUCAUGUGCCAGCUAAACAUAAUGGUAAGUGUGAUCGGUCCAUAAUAGGCGGUGUUUCAUGUGCUAAAGUUGUUUUUGAUAAGCGUAAAAUAUGUACCCCACCAUGUUAA